UGUCGGACGGGUGAUGGUCUCUGACGAUUGUGUUGAUUAAAAUUCCAAAUUAUUCUAAAAUAGAACAAAUUAGUUGUUAUUUGUAAUACGAACGCGAACUAUUGUUGUGUAAGUUAUUAUUGGAAUGCUGAUAUCGUCCAAUAUUCGACUUUUUUGAGUGUACGGCUCAUAACCUCUUGAUGGACAUUAAUCUCUUGUAAUUGUAAUUAGAAUUCUUUGGCUCGCGAUAAAUGAAAGUGUUGUUUACAUUCCGUGAAGUGUGUGGUUUGUGCGUUGCGGGUCCGUGUCGGUUUACUAACGGAGUAUCUGUGCGUUUACUAUGAUGAGUCUGGUUCAAGCUUUGUGUUUAAAAUGUGUGUGAAGUGUAAUUUGAUUACGGAGUGUUUCUGGUGUGCGAGCGGUCGGAUGUGCCCGUAGGAUUGCCAUGUCCAGGCUUGUCGACUACUUCGUCAUUGUGGGAUUCGACCACGAAAAAGAGAGGGGCGGAAUAAGUAGCGGCGCAAUCCUCCAGAGAUUCCCUGAGAAUAAUUGGGACGACACUCCCUUUCACGACGGUAUAGAAUGGUUCUGCCAACCGCAAGGAUGGGCGCUGUCGACGGAGCGUUCAGAGCCGCGGUUCUACGUGUCGGUGCUGACCGACGUGGACGCCAACAGACACUACUGCGCAUGCCUGUGCUUCAACGAGACCGUCGCCAUCACGCCCACCAAGCCCGCAGACGAGGACGAAGAGUCUUUGGAUUCGCGUCCGGUGGCGAACAUUACGCACCACAGCAUUAUGUACGCGCCCAAAUGCCUCGUCAUUGUGUCGCGACAGGACUAUAUCGACACCUUCCGAAACUGUCUAGGUAUAAUCUACACAGUAUGGGUGGAGAACUUGGGCGUUCCACUGGAGACGUUGGUGGGUAACCUGGUGGGGUGCGUGCUAGUGCCGCCGGCGGGGGGCCCGCAGGUGCGGUUCAGCAUCGGCGCGGGAGACAGGCAGGCGCUGCAGCCGCCGGCAUCGCCACCGCUGCCAGCUACGCAGACUUCUGUCCACAUGCUGCUUAGGCUACUUGGUAUCCACAACUCGGUGACUCUAUGGUGCGCUGUUAUGAGCGAGCAUAAAGUUCUAGUGGUGUCUCUAGCGGGGGCUCGACUGGCUGCAGCCUGUAGGGCACUAGCAGCCCUCAUGUUCCCCUUCAGAUACGCCCAUGUCUACAUACCCUUGCUUCCAGCGGGGCUGGCAGAGGUGCUAGCUACACCCACGCCCUUCCUCAUCGGGGUACAUUCUAGCUUGAAGGAGGAGGUUUCUGAGUUGCUGGACGUAAUAGUAGCAGAUCUAGACGUUGGGUCGUUACACAUACCUGCUGGAGUGAACAUCCCCAGGCCGGAAGGGAAGUUACUAUCUUCCCUGCAAGAGGCGUUGGCGCUGGUGCUGCAGCCUGAGCUGCGGGCGGCGGACUCGGCCUUCGCCCCGCCGCCGCCGCUGGCGUCCCCGCCGCAUAUGCUGGACAAGGAGAUACGGGCUGUGUUCAUGAGGACCCUAGCCAGGCUGCUGCAAGGUUACAGACACUGCCUAACAAUAAUCCGCAUCCACCCCACUCCAGUGCUCACGUUCCACAAGGCAGGGUUCCUGGGCAGCCGAGGGCUAUCGCAGUGCCAGUUCACGCAGCGGCUGCUCGACUCCAUGUUCUUCAAUGGCGUGGUGGCGGAGCGAGGGCCGCCGUGGAGGGCUACUGAUAUCUGGGACGAGCUUGUGCAGAAUCUCCCGGAGCAGCAAAGGUUAGAAACACUAAAUCCAGACCUACAACUGCAACACAUACAAGACCUAGCCAUGCAGUUACAUCUUAAUGAAAGCCCUAACCCUCAGGCGUAUCAGCAGCGUAUCCUGCGGCCGCCAGAGGGCGCGUCGUCGCGGAUACACCAGCCUCCCUUCCCUCUACUAGACACGGCUAAAGUCAGAGAAGUUAUUGAUGAAGUCACCGCUAGGAAUGCUAACAAUCCCAAAUUGACAGCAUUGCGGCCGCCGCAGCCGCGGAUAGUGCCGCCGGCGGCGCCACCUACCGGCGCCGCGGAGCUUGGACAACUGCUCGUCACCAACUCCGCUAGACGACUGGAGGUGAUGCGCGCCUGCAUCGCGGCCAUCUUCGAGUGCCGCUACGCCGACGCGCGCAAGUCGUUCCCGGCCGUGCUGCGCGCGCUGCGGGCGCCGGCCGCGCGCGCCGCGCUCGUGCGCGACCUGGCGGCCAGGCUGCCCAGCAACAAGCAUCUGCUGCAGCACCACCAGUUCGAGCUGGUCACCAGACUAAUGAACUGCGCGUUGCAGUCAGCCACGGCGCUGGACGAGCACACGAUAGCAGCUGCCAUGUUACCCCUCGCCACCGCCUACUGCCGCAAGCUGUGCACCGGCGUCAUACAAUACGCUUACAUGUGCAUACAAGAGCACCAAGUGUGGACGAGCCAGCAGUUCUGGGAGGCGGCGUUCUACCAAGAUGUGCAGCGAGACAUCAAAGCCUUGUACCUACCCAGCCCUACGCACCACCAACGGGUGCCCAGUCCCAGGGACGAUGAAGAAUACAUAUCUCUGUUGAAAGCACAAGAGCCGAGCGCUCUGGAGAUCGCGGCCGAACAAAUGAGGCUAUGGCCCACUUUAUCUCCAGAAAAACAACGCGAACUGAUAGCGAGCGAAGAGUCCACCUUGUACAGCCAAGCGAUACACUACGCCAACCGCAUGGUGUACCUGUUACUGCCGCUAGAAAGCGCGGGCCGGCGGGCCGACACUCGGGGCGGCGACGACGAUAGGGCCAGCAAUAGUAUUACUAAUAGCGUGGCAGAAUCUGACAGUGCAGACGCGGAGUCUGGUUUCGAAGAAGCGGACCCGGGGGAAGCCGGGAACAACGUCAUCAAAAUGGUUUCCAGAUUCGUUGAUAAGGUGUGCACGGAGGGCGGGGUGACCGCGGAUCACGUGCGCUGCCUGCACCAGAUGAUCCCGGGCGUGGUGCACAUGCACCUGGAGACGCUGGACGCCGUCGGCCGGGAGUCCCGCCGCCUGCCGCCCGUGCAGAAGCCGCGCAUAGUUGCCCCCGCGCUGGUACCGGGCGAGGCGGUGUCGGCGCCGGCGCUGCGAGCCUACCUCGUGGCUGACGGCCGCCACACACCGCUGCUGCCGGCCGAGGGCGCGCUGUUCCUCACCAACUACAGGGUGGUCUUCAAGGGCGCGCCCACAGACCCCUUCGCGUGUGAGCAGACAGUGGUCCGCUCGUUCCCGCUGAGCUCGCUGACGCGGGAGAAGCAGGUGCGCGCGCACUUCCUGCCGCACCUGGAGCACGCGCCCACCGACGCGCUGCAGCUGCGCUCCGCCAGCUUCCAGCUCAUCAAGGUGGCGCUAGACGAGGAGGUGUCGUCGGAGCAGGCGGAGUCGUUCCGCAAGCAGCUGGCGCGGCUGCGGCACCCCGACCACCCCGCACUCCACUUCGCGCUGGCGCCGCGGCCCGUGCCGCCGCCGCUGCAGGGGCAAGCCAAGCACAACACGCUCAGAGGAUUCGCCAAGAAGACGCUAUUGAAAACGGCGAGAAGAGCGGGCCUGAAACCGAAGCCGUCGAAGCGACAGAAGUACGUGCUACCGUCUGCAGACGCGCGGUCACUGACCUCACCACCCUUGAUGUCUUCCCUCUCCGCCGAUACUUUGUCCCUGGAGGAGCUGGAGCUGGCGGGCUCGGAGGCGGCGGAGGCGCCGGCGGCGCGCACGCUGGAGCGCGUCCGCGAGCGCGUGUACGCCCGCGACUGGGCGCGCCUGGGGCUCGCCGCGCCGCCCUUCCGCCUGGCGCACGCCAACGCCGUCUACACGCUGUGCCGCAGCUACCCGGCGGUGAUCCCGGUGCCGGAGAGUAUCGGCGACGAGUCCCUGCGGCGCGUGUCCCGCUGCUACCGCCACGCGCGGCUGCCCGUGCUCACGUGGAGGCAUCCGCGCACACACGCACUGCUCGCACGGUCGAGCGCGUCUCACCACAAGGGCGUGAUGGGCAUGCUGAAGGCCAGCAGCCACCAGCAGCCGACCACCGCGCCCGGAGCUGAGACCACCUCCAGUCUUGAACAGGAGCGUUACCUGGCCACGCUAGUGGCGUGUACACCAGCUGCUCGCGGGGACCUAGAAGACUCGAGCCUCAGCCUGGACUCUCUCCUCCUGUGCUGCGACGACCAGCCGGCGCACACGCCGCUGCUCACAAAGGCCGCUGGCACGCUCGGUGUGUUGGGUCGCAACAGCGGCGGCAAGGGUUCAGCAGCGGCGGGCGUGCGGCACUUCGGUCGCUGGGGCUCGCUCAAGGGCCGCCAGCCCUCGCACCUCGACCUCUACGCGCCGCGGCAGAGACUCUCCACGGCCGAUGUUGAUUCUGUGUCGGGCGAGUGUGGCGGCACGAUACGUCGAGCAGCCCUGUACGUGGUAACGGACAAGGGCGCCACAUUCCCGGUCCCCGCGGGGGCGGAGGCCGUGCCCGCCGAGUACCCCGAGCUGCGCACCACCAAGCACGCCUUCAAGAAGCUCAUGCGGGCCGCCGUGCCCUCCGCGCCCGCCGCGCCCGAGGAGCCUGGCUUCCUCAGGCUGAUAGAAGAGUCGGGCUGGCUGUGGCAGCUGCGGCAGCUGUUCCAGUUGUCGGGCGCCGUGGUGGACCUGCUGGACCUGCAGGGCUCAUCCGUGCUGCUCUCGCUCGAGGACGGCUGGGACGUGACCGCGCAGAUAUCAUCGCUAGCCCAGAUCUGCCUAGAACCUUACUACCGCACGCUGGAUGGGUUCCGGAUUGUGGUGGAGAAAGAAUGGUUGGCGCUGGGUCACAAGUUCGCGACCCGCUCUAACAUCGCCGCCACGCCGCAGCAAGGGUUCACGCCCACAUUCCUACAAUUCCUCGACGCCGUACAUCAGUUGCAGAAGCAGUUCCCAUUAGCGUUCGAGUUCAACGACUUCUACUUGCGGUUCAUCGCGUACCACACGUCGUCGUGCCGCUUCCGAACCUUCCUGCUGGACAGCGAGGCGCAGCGUGCUGAGAUGGGGCUCGCCGCCGCCGACGACAGGCGCGCUGAUACUAAUAGAUUGGGCGUGGAGACAGGCGCUGGGUGCGAGGAGGAGGUGGCGGGCGCCCGCUGCGGCGUGUCCGUGUUUGACUAUAUCGACAAGCAGCACCAGAAGGCGCCCGUCUUCUACAACUUCCUGUACACGCCCGACCUCGACAAUCCCGUGCUUCGCCCCGUGUCGUCGGUGUGCGCGUUAGAGGUGUGGGAGUACUACGUAAGCGAGGAGCUGUCGCACGGCGCCGCGUAUGACCUGGAGGUACUGGCGGCUGCGGAGCCCGACCCCAGGGCAGAGAAGAGACGGGUCGUCACUGCGGGGUACGAUAGCAUCCCGCGAUGCAUGCCAGAUGCGUUCACCGGCUUAAUGGACCGGUUGCGGCAGUUAGAAUUGGAGUUGGGACACUUGCCGCAGAAGUGGCGCGUGCGCUGGGAACAGCUGGAGCUACCCAACACGCUGGAACUACAGCGCGCGUGGUCGCUGUCCAUGGCGGCGGUGCGGCGCGCCACGCUGCGGCUGCACACGCGCGGCACGCGGCACGUGCUGGCGCGCGCGCGCCUGGCCGCCGCGCCCGCGCCCGCCCCCACCCCCCCGCACCGCUGGGCCGCCGCCGCCGGCGCCGCGCCCGCGCGCUGCGACCAUUGCGCCGACCUGCUGUGGGGGCCGCUCAAGACGGGCGUGCGUUGCGUGGACUGCGGCGCGGCGUGUCACGAGCGCUGCGCGGAGUCGUUCGCGCUGCCCUGCACCAAGUACAAGGCGCCGCCGCCGCAGGACCGCGAGCGGGAACAUCGCGCCACCAUCAGCAACAGUGUAGGCACACUGCAGUCGGCGUCUCAACAGUACUACGAACAGUUCUCGUCCAACGUGGCUGAGAACCGUACACACGAGGGGCACCUCUACAAACGAGGCGCGCUGCUGAAAGGAUGGAAGCAACGAUGGUUCGUGUUGGACUCCAUCAAACAUCAGUUGCGGUAUUACGACGCGAUGGAAGAUUCGCACUGCAAAGGAUUUAUAGACUUAGCGGAAGUGAUAACAGUGACGCAGGCGCCGCCCGCGCCCGGACCGCCCAAGAAAUGUGAUGACAGAUCAUUCUUCGAUUUGCGCACAAGUCGACGCACGUACAACUUCUGCGCGAGCGACGCGAACGCGGCGCAGGAGUGGAUCGAGAAGCUACAGGCUUGUCUACAGUGAACACAAGCAGUGCGUGCGUCUGUUUAAUACGACUACAUAUUAAGUAUAUUGAUACGAACUUCGAAUUACCGCACGCCUAUGACAUGACAGAUAAUUUUUCGGUUUUUUUUCUACCAAGACUGCGAUAUAUUUCAAAUGCGUUCGGUUUACUGAGACGAAGUUCCGCCUCUUAACUAAACCUUAGGCGUUGUUGCACGCAUUUUCGAAGGAAACAUGCAUAUUUCGCAUUUUUUAAUGUAUCCUAUUUUGAAGCUAGAUGAUAGUCCUGUCAUAGGUGAAGGUUCUAACGUAUUUUUAUUUGUGGAACUUUCAUAUUAGGCCCACAAUCGCUAAGAGUAGAUGUGAAAAGGAAAAUUGUUAGAAUCAUCGGAAAUUUUUAAUUUACGUCUUUAUGAAGGCCAACAAAUUGAGAUUUUGUACGUGUAUGUGUAAUGUAUGCCAUAUGUAUGACUGGGGUAAUUAAUGAUUUUGGAGUUAGUAUAUAUUUGAAGCAGCAGAUGUUAGCCGCGAUCUCGGACCCCGACACUCAAAUGACAUGUGACGCGAUUAUUUAUACUCUAGGAUAAUUGUCUACAAAUAGUGUAAUAUUGUUACGUUGGUAUUUGUAAAUAUUUUAUCUUAAUUAUUGUUGUGUAAAGACUUUUGUUCCAUUAUGAGUAUUUCCGUUUUAAUACUUUAUAAACGACAAACGCGUUCAUUGUAAUAAUUUUAUACGUUUCAGUUACAACUGUAGGUUAUCAACUGAAUUCCAUAGCAUCACAUACAUUAUAUAACGAGGUAUAUAUAUUAGUAUGUAGAUUACUAUGUUUAAUUCCAACACAAGUAUUUUUCACACAACAAAGAUAUUAUUCCUGUACGGGGGAUCUCUGGAGGGGCUGCCCUAGUUUAUUGUUACAUACUCAGUGUACGUUUGUAAAUAGAUGGUUGUUUUGUGUUGGACAUAUCAGUGUGGGGCAUCGGCCCGACACGUAACGAAUUGUUUGUAAAUAAAAUUAUUUUUAUUGUUCGCGGAUUGCAUUUAGGCGCGCGCCGCGGGCGGGGAGGACUGUUCCGCUCGACCCGGCGCGCUGUUCAAUACCACGUCCGACACUUGGCCGAUAUCAUUAAGAAUAAUUAUUUAAGUCCGGCGGAGGCUACGUGGACGCUCCUCAAGUCGACAGACGCGUUGCGAUAGAGAUUAUUUCGUGCCAAAAAUGCACAGUGUGCACUACUCAUUGCUCAGGUCGUUAGACAGCGCGUUGUCUAGAUACUGCAGAAUGUGAUACUAAAUUGAGCAAUAUUUGCCUUAUUGUUUGCUGAAAGAAGUGUUGCUUCGUACGCUUCGACAAUACAAUGUGUAGGUGUUAGCUUCGCUUAGUGAACGUACCUUGAGAAUGUAGUCUACUGCUGUACUUCGAAACUUAACCUUAUCCUGUUAGAUUCUCCUUAUACUUUGUAUUGUCCGAUCCAUAUUUUGAUGCAGCAGUAGGCUGAAUAUCUUGUAACAGUGCACUGCGUACCAUCAAAUAAAGAAAUUUAUAAAUUUA